AUGGAUCCGCCGGCAAUGAUGAACCACGGUGGAUUUCAGGCAGCGAAUGUGGCGGAGAUCUGGCCAUUUCCUAUCAACGGCGAAGGUGCGAAUGGUGAUGAAUCUGGAGGUGGUUUGGGCUUGAGGAGAGUUCAAUUUUCGCAGAGUUUUGGAGAUGCGAGUGGGAAUCGAGAUGUUUCGGUGGGUGAUCCCAUGGUUUUGGACCAGAGAACGAAUACGAACGGUGGCGGAGCGAGGAAGAGGCGAGAGGAGGAGGAGUCUGCUAAAGGUGUUUCAACCAGUAGUGGCAAUGGCAUGAAUGAUUUUGACAUGAAACGACUUAAGACAUCUGGAUCUAGAGAUGAAAAUCAUGAAUCCAAAGCUGAAGUUGAAGCAAAACCAGGCAAGGCUGCAGGGCAAAAUGCAAAGCCAGCUGACCCACCUAAGCAAGAUUACAUCCACGUGCGAGCAAGAAGGGGUCAAGCUACUGAUAGCCACAGUCUUGCAGAAAGGGCUAGGAGGGAAAAGAUAAGUGAGAGGAUGAAAAUUCUCCAAGAUCUGGUCCCUGGUUGUACUAAGGUCAUUGGCAAAGCAUUGGUCCUUGAUGAGAUAAUCAAUUAUAUCCAAUCCCUACAGCACCAGGUCGAGUUCCUGUCAAUGAAGCUUGAAGCAGUCAAUACGAGGAUGAACCCUAGCAUUGAAGCAUUUCCUUUAAAGGAUUUUGGUCAACAAGCAUUUGAUACAGCAAGCAUGCCAUUUGGUUCACAAGCUACAAGGGAAUACGGCAGGGCUUCAUCACCUGACUGGUUGCAUAUGCAGAUUGGUGGUGGUUUUGAGAAAACAAAAUAA